GGGGCGGAAGAGUCACGUGAUCCGGCAUGGAGGCGGUGGCGGCGACCGGGAGGAGCCGCCGGGGCAGAAGCCGCACUUGUUAGUGUGGGGGGAGGUGGGGGCGGGGGACGCCGACACCGUCACCGUCACCCAGGGACGCCGAGGAGAAGGCGGGAGGGGGGUGGGGGCGAGAUCAGGCUCCGACCCCCCGCCGAGGGGAUGAGGGGAGCAUGGGUGCCAAGGAGUCACGGAUCGGAUUCCUCAGCUACGAGGAGGCGCUGAGGAGAGUUACAGAUGUAGAGCUAAAACGACUGAAGGAUGCUUUCAAGAGGACCUGUGGACUCUCAUAUUACAUGGGCCAGCACUGCUUCAUCCGGGAAGUGCUUGGGGAUGGAGUGCCUCCAAAAGUUGCUGAGGUGAUUUACUGUUCUUUUGGUGGAACAUCCAAAGGGCUGCACUUCAAUAAUUUAAUAGUUGGACUUGUCCUCCUUACAAGAGGCAAAGAUGAAGAGAAAGCAAAAUACAUUUUUAGUCUUUUUUCAAGUGAAUCUGGGAACUAUGUUAUACGGGAAGAAAUGGAAAGAAUGCUCCAUGUGGUGGAUGGUAAAGUCCCAGAUACACUCAGGAAGUGUUUCUCAGAGGGUGAAAAGGUAAACUAUGAAAAGUUUAGAAAUUGGCUUUUUCUAAACAAAGAUGCUUUUACUUUCUCUCGAUGGCUUCUAUCUGGAGGUGUGUAUGUUACCCUCACUGAUGAUAGUGAUACUCCUACUUUCUACCAAACUCUGGCUGGAGUCACACAUUUGGAGGAAUCAGACAUCAUUGAUCUUGAGAAACGCUAUUGGUUAUUGAAGGCUCAAUCCCGGACUGGACGAUUUGAUUUAGAGACAUUUGGCCCAUUGGUUUCACCACCUAUUCGUCCAUCUCUAAGUGAAGGUUUGUUUAAUGCUUUUGAUGAAAAUCGUGACAAUCACAUAGAUUUUAAGGAGAUAUCCUGUGGGUUAUCAGCCUGUUGCAGGGGACCCCUGGCUGAAAGACAAAAAUUUUGCUUCAAGGUAUUUGAUGUUGACCGUGAUGGAGUUCUCUCCAGGGUUGAACUGAGAGACAUGGUGGUUGCACUUUUAGAAGUCUGGAAGGACAACCGCACUGAUGAUAUUCCUGAAUUACAUAUGGAUCUCUCUGAUAUUGUAGAAGGCAUAUUGAAUGCACAUGACACCACAAAGAGACCAGGUCUCGCCAUGUUUCCCAGGCUGGUUGCAAACUCCUGGGCUCAAGCAGUCCUGCCUCAGCCUCCCAAAGUGCUGGGAUUACAGAUGGGUCAUCUUACUCUGGAAGACUAUCAGAUCUGGAGUGUGAAAAAUGUUCUUGCCAAUGAGUUUUUGAACCUCCUUUUCCAGGUGUGUCACAUAGUUCUGGGGUUAAGACCAGCUACUCCGGAAGAAGAAGGACAAAUUAUUAGAGGAUGGUUAGAACGAGAGAGCAGGUAUGGUCUGCAAGCAGGACACAACUGGUUUAUCAUCUCCAUGCAGUGGUGGCAACAGUGGAAAGAAUAUGUCAAAUACGAUGCCAACCCUGUGGUAAUUGAGCCAUCAUCUGUUUUGAAUGGAGGAAAAUACUCAUUUGGAACUGCAGCCCAUCCUAUGGAGCAGGUCGAAGAUAGAAUUGGAAGCAGCCUCAGUUAUGUGAAUACUACAGAAGAGAAAUUUUCAGACAACAUUUCUACUGCAUCUGAAGCCUCAGAAACUGCUGGCAGCGGCUUUCUGUAUUCUGCCACACCAGGGGCAGAUGUUUGCUUUGCUCGACAACAUAACACUUCUGACAAUAACAACCAGUGUUUGCUGGGAGCCAAUGGGAAUAUUUUGUUGCACCUUAACCCUCAGAAACCAGGGGCUAUUGAUAAUCAGCCAUUAGUAACUCAAGAACCAGUAAAGGCUACAUCAUUAACACUAGAAGGAGGACGAUUAAAACGAGCUCCACAGCUGAUUCAUGGAAGAGACUAUGAAAUGGUCCCAGAACCUGUGUGGAGAGCACUUUAUCACUGGUAUGGAGCAAACCUGGCCUUACCUAGACCAGUUAUCAAGAACAGCAAGACAGACAUCCCAGAGCUGGAAUUAUUUCCCCGCUAUCUUCUCUUCCUGAGACAGCAGCCUGCCACUCGGACACAGCAGUCUAACAUCUGGGUGAAUAUGGGUAUGAUGAGCCUGAGAAUGUUUCCUCAGCAUUUACCGAGAGGAAAUGUACCUUCUCCGAAUGCACCUUUAAAGCGGGUAUUAGCCUAUACAGGCUGUUUUAGUCGAAUGCAGACCAUCAAGGAAAUUCACGAAUAUCUAUCUCAAAGGCUGCGCAUUAAAGAGGAAGAUAUGCGCCUGUGGCUAUACAACAGUGAGAACUACCUUACUCUUCUGGAUGAUGAGGAUCAUAAAUUGGAAUAUUUGAAAAUCCAGGAUGAACAACACCUGGUAAUUGAAGUUCGCAACAAAGAUAUGAGUUGGCCUGAGGAGAUGUCUUUUAUAGCAAAUAGUAGUAAAAUAGAUAGACACAAGGUUCCCACAGAAAAGGGAGCCACAGGUCUAAGCAACCUGGGAAACACAUGCUUCAUGAACUCAAGCAUCCAGUGUGUUAGUAACACACAGCCACUGACACAGUAUUUUAUCUCAGGGAGACAUCUUUAUGAACUCAACAGGACAAAUCCCAUUGGUAUGAAGGGGCAUAUGGCUAAAUGCUAUGGUGAUUUAGUGCAGGAACUUUGGAGUGGAACUCAGAAGAAUGUUGCCCCAUUAAAGCUUCGGUGGACCAUAGCAAAAUAUGCUCCCAGGUUUAAUGGGUUUCAGCAACAGGACUCCCAAGAACUUCUGGCUUUUCUCUUGGAUGGUCUUCAUGAAGAUCUUAAUCGAGUCCAUGAAAAGCCAUAUGUGGAACUGAAGGACAGUGAUGGGCGACCAGACUGGGAAGUAGCUGCAGAGGCCUGGGACAACCAUCUAAGAAGAAAUAGAUCAAUUGUUGUGGAUUUGUUCCAUGGGCAGCUAAGAUCUCAAGUAAAAUGCAAGACAUGUGGGCAUAUAAGUGUCCGAUUUGACCCUUUCAAUUUUUUGUCUUUGCCACUACCAAUGGACAGUUAUAUGCACUUAGAAAUAACAGUGAUUAAGUUAGAUGGUACUACCCCUGUACGGUAUGGACUAAGACUGAAUAUGGAUGAAAAGUACACAGGUUUAAAAAAACAGCUGAGUGAUCUCUGUGGACUUAAUUCAGAACAAAUCCUUCUAGCAGAAGUACAUGGUUCCAACAUAAAGAACUUUCCUCAGGACAACCAAAAAGUACGACUCUCAGUGAGUGGAUUUUUGUGUGCAUUUGAAAUUCCUGUCCCUGUGUCUCCAAUUUCAGCUUCUAGUCCAACACAGACAGAUUUCUCCUCUUCGCCAUCUACAAAUGGAAUGUUCACCCUAACUACCAAUGGGGACCUACCCCGACCAAUAUUCAUCCCCAAUGGAAUGCCAAACACUGUUGUGCCAUGUGGAACUGAGAAGAACUUCACAAAUGGAAUGGUUAAUGGUCACAUGCCAUCUCUUCCUGACAGCCCCUUUACAGGUUACAUCAUUGCAGUCCACCGAAAAAUGAUGAGGACAGAACUGUAUUUCCUGUCAUCUCAGAAGAAUCGCCCCAGCCUCUUUGGAAUGCCAUUGAUUGUUCCAUGUACUGUGCAUACCCGGAAGAAAGACCUAUAUGAUGCGGUUUGGAUUCAAGUAUCCCGGUUAGCGAGCCCACUCCCACCUCAGGAAGCUAGUAAUCAUGCCCAGGAUUGUGAUGACAGUAUGGGCUAUCAAUAUCCAUUCACUCUACGAGUUGUGCAGAAAGAUGGGAACUCCUGUGCUUGGUGCCCAUGGUAUAGAUUUUGCAGAGGCUGUAAAAUUGAUUGUGGGGAAGACAGAGCUUUCAUUGGAAAUGCCUAUAUCGCUGUGGAUUGGGACCCCACAGCCCUUCACCUUCGCUAUCAAACAUCCCAGGAAAGGGUUGUAGAUGAGCAUGAGAGUGUGGAGCAGAGUCGGCGAGCGCAAGCCGAGCCCAUCAACCUGGACAGCUGUCUCCGUGCUUUCACCAGUGAGGAAGAGCUAGGGGAAAAUGAGAUGUACUACUGUUCCAAGUGUAAGACCCACUGCUUAGCAACAAAGAAGCUGGAUCUCUGGAGGCUUCCACCCAUCCUGAUUAUUCACCUUAAGCGAUUUCAAUUUGUAAAUGGUCGGUGGAUAAAAUCACAGAAAAUUGUCAAAUUUCCUCGGGAAAGUUUUGAUCCAAGUGCUUUUUUGGUACCAAGAGACCCGGCUCUCUGCCAGCGUAAACCACUCACACCCCAGGGGGAUGAGCUCUCUGAGCCCAGGAUUCUGGCAAGGGAGGUGAAGAAAGUGGAUGCGCAGAGUUCGGCUGGGGAAGAGGACGUGCUCCUGAGCAAAAGCCCAUCCUCACUCAGCGCUAACAUCAUCAGCAGCCCGAAAGGUUCUCCUUCUUCAUCAAGAAAAAGUGGAACCAGCUGUCCCUCCAGCAAAAACAGCAGCCCUAAUAGCAGCCCACGGACUUUGGGGAGGAGCAAAGGGAGGCUCCGGCUGCCCCAGAUUGGCAGCAAAAAUAAACUGUCAAGUAGUAAAGAGAACUUGGAUGCCAGCAAAGAAAAUGGGGCUGGGCAGAUAUGUGAGCUGGCUGACGCCUUGAGUCGAGGGCAUGUGCUGGGGGGCAGCCAACCAGAGUUGGUCACUCCUCAGGACCACGAGGUAGCUUUGGCCAAUGGAUUCCUUUAUGAGCAUGAAGCAUGUGGCAAUGGCUACAGCAAUGGUCAGCUUGGAAACCACAGUGAAGAAGACAGCACUGAUGACCAAAGAGAAGAUACUCGUAUUAAGCCUAUUUAUAAUCUAUAUGCAAUUUCGUGCCAUUCAGGAAUUCUGGGUGGGGGCCAUUACGUCACUUAUGCCAAAAACCCAAACUGCAAGUGGUACUGUUACAAUGACAGCAGCUGUAAGGAACUUCACCCGGAUGAAAUUGACACCGACUCUGCCUACAUUCUUUUCUAUGAGCAGCAGGGGAUAGACUAUGCACAAUUUCUGCCAAAGACUGAUGGCAAAAAGAUGGCAGACACAAGCAGUAUGGAUGAAGACUUUGAGUCUGAUUACAAAAAGUACUGUGUGUUACAGUAAAGCUACCACUCUGGCUGCUAGACAGCUUGGCGGUGAGGGAGAUGACUCCUUGUAGCUGACAUUUGGCAAAAGCGUCACUGAAAGGCAAGCUAAAUGUAGUUAUUUUAUCCUGUGGCCCUGAAGCACAAAAUAAAAAUUCUAAUUAAAAUAGUUAACUUUAAGAGUAGUAAUCAUUUUAUUUUGAAGUCUCAUACAAGCUCUCCGAUAGAGAACUUUCAGGCAGAUCCCACCAUUAGCCUGUAAACAAAAGGUUUGGCACCAGCCACCUGGGACCAAAUAAGAAUUCAAUUGUGCUUGUCCAGAUAUGAACAAAUAUGUAGUGAGUAUAGAGUUUACCAAUAAUCAUAACAAAUAUUAAAGAUUUCCUUGGAGUCAAAGUAAAAAACAAACAAUUAUAAUGUUGUCUAGGGACGACAUGAUAUGCUACCUCCUUUUUCCUGAAGUUUUAUUCCAUUAUAUUGACAAGAUGGAGAAAGCAAGAUCACGAAGGUGUGCAAAUGAUUCUUAAGGCAUGGACGAGGAUUUUUCAAUUUAUUUUUUAAACUGUUUCCAUACCCUUUCUUUGUCUUUCUUGCUUUUUGUUUUUGCCGUUGUAUUUAUGUUUGAGACACAACCAGUCAUUGGUGGCAGGGGCAUAUAGUGGUCAGUCUGAAAGGGAGGCUCUCUUAAGAGCUGUAUGCCUUCCACCCAGAGCCUUGUGGGAGACCCAGUAGAAAGAAACAGCAUCCUGGGAAAUCCAGCUACCAUGGCCCUCCCAGUGGAGGCAUCUUACAUUUAGGAUACUUCAAGUAUCCUCAGAAAUGUAUUCUGCACCCCCGGCCCCACCCAUGCUGAGGGAAGGGGAGCAGUUGCCAAUAUUUGCACCAUCUUCACAUGCACCUGUUGCAACAAGAGCUUCUGGGAAGGUAAGUGGCAUUGGAGCUAGAUCACGUUUCACAAUUAGUGGUUGUUCUUUUCCGUGUUUGUCUUGCACUUUAAAAAAGAGAGAACACAUGCAAAUGAACUUGCUUGUGUGUAUUUGAUGGCUCUAAGGGCUAUAAAUUACAAACAAAACACAUCCCAGACAUUAGGAGUUCAUAAGUGUAUUUAAUGAAAUUGGUGGUUUUAGGAAGUCAACUUUAGUUUUGCUUUGUUUGCAUGUCCACUAAUUUUUUUAUUUUGAUAUUUGUCUUUUUUUUAAAUUUUACAGUAGUCAUCGAAAGUUAUGUUUCUUUGCUUACUUCAUUUUUUUCUCUAAUCAAGACUGGAACAAAAGUAUAAAUAUUAUUUAUUUCAGGUAGCAUUUUUUUCAUGUAGUUUUUUAAUAUAUACUUGAAGGAAAUGUUUCACCUUAUUUUUGGUCUUUGUUUAUUCAUUUAGACCCUGCAAGUUGAUUCUCAUUAAUUGUCAGAUUCCACUACCCUUUCUUCCUCAUAGAUAGUAAUUACCAAUGUAACUAAGUAUUUGUGUUCUGAUAUCUGAGGCCAGUAACUAUUAAUAUCUGGUUCUCAGAGCAUUUGGAAAGGUUAUCUUAAAUGGCUACCUAAAUUGAAAUACUUUUCAGAAAAAAUAUAAUUGCAAGUAGGUAGGACUGGCCUAAAUUGUCUAAUGUAAUAAAGUCAGACAAAAUGCAUACUUUAUAGUUUCAAGAUUUUCAGUAUAUAAAAUCUGUCCAUUCCCAUUAAAAAGUGGAAGAUUUUAAAUAAUUUCUUUACAGAUGUUUUAUUUAAGCAGGUAGCUCAAUCUACUAAUGUUGUUUGAUCUGUGUUUGUUAUACUGGUUGUAAUUAAUUUUUUUAAUUCAUGAACUAGCAGAAAAUUUAUUAAAUUAACUAUUAACUACAUUCACCUUGUAAAUUACUGUAUAAAACUUGUUGACAAUGCACUGACUUUAGAAAGAUGUUAAUGUACAUAAAUAGAGUGUAAAUAAAAUAGUGUUGAUGUACCGAAAUAUGAACUGUAUAAAAAGUAUUGGUAAUUGUAUAUGGGGUGUACCUGUUUAUCUGUAACUAUUAUCCAAACAAAUUAAAUACUGUGGAUGCCUCCA